CUCCCGAAUUGAAGGUACGAUUUUCAGUUGCAGUCCCUUAGGCAGAGAAGUCAGCAGCAUGAUCAAGCUCUGGCUUCUUCUUGGUUUUUUUAGUUUUUAUUUUCUUCUCGAAGCCAGCGCCAAUUCAACGCUGAUCAGCCCGAAAUGCAAGAUAUAUCCUCCUUGCUUUCGGGUGCAACACAAUGUGUGUCCAAAUUCGAAUAUUUCAUUCGUGCUCCAUAACAAUGAAACCCUAGGUGGACGUCAAUUAAAUCCAGCUAAUUCGCAGGAUUUUCCUGCCAAUACAAAAAGGAUGCUUACGGUGCUGCUACAUAGCUUCGCGAGUAAUUUGAAUACUGCACCCAUUCCUGACGUCCGAGCGCGGUUGCUGGCCAUUAGCACUAACAACAUCAUCUCCGUUGACUACUCGAAACUUGUCUUCUACCCCUGUUUUUCCGAAUCGGUGCAUAAUGCAGAUUUUGCGAGUGUAUGCAUUGCAGAGUACUUGGGAGUUCUAUUGCGUAAUAAGCUGGUGCUAUCGAAUGAAGUGCUUAUUAUUGGUUUCGGACUAGGCAUACAUGUGGGUGACUAUGUUGCUAAAAUGUUGUCAGAUACCGACCUUAAAGAGCGCAAGGAGUUUGCGAACCUUGAUCGCAGUUUGACUGCAAAAUCGUUUGCGAGCAAUGCUACGAAUAAGAAGCUCGAUAAUCAGGGUUUCUCGCUCAAGGACAUCAUGCUAAGCAUUAAGUAGAACAACAAUGCGAUUGAUAUUGAUAUUUUCAAAUGAAAAAAAUCGAAACUAACAA